ACCAGCGGAUGUAACAACUCGCGCUCACCAAAUUGAUAAUUCUGUCAGGGUAGAAUUUGUUUUGUUAUCUUGGAAGUUCCGCAGGGGAAGGUUUUCUAGUGGUGACCUAACUUCCGUGGAGUGGUCGUUAUCACUGCAAAGGACUGGCCUUGUCGAAGACUGACCCUGCUGCGCAGUUGUUUAAAGGACACCGGACUCGUACUCACACAGUACAAUACAAUGAAGUAGUUAUAAGAAAGUCUGAUUAUGCAAAGCACUCAUUUUGGACUAAGCCCUUGAUUGUGUUAAAAUAUAAGUCUCUCUGCAAAUUUGAGGUAUAAUUCUAUGUUAAUCGCCCUCGUUCGUCUGGAAUUUCUGAGGUCUACUCUUGUAACAUUUUUCGUAGAAGGAACAAUUAUUUUUUAUUAGUACUUCUGCCAGGUUUUACUCAACUAAAGGAGGUCUCUAUUUUUUGUUCUGUUUUGCCGAGGGACUUGUGUGAUUGUACUGCGAUUACAUACAACAACAUUUUUUACUCCAGCUCAGACACAUUUGUUUGCAACCAGCUGUUCAGCUAACCCAGAACACCGUGAGAUCUUGUAAUCCGAAACGAUUGAAUAAGGCAGUCAAAGGGGUCAAAGGAUUUUAUUGUUGAGGAAAAAAAGUCAAAAAACACAUACUGGGGAACAGCACCACUUGUGAAGUGUAUGAGUCACCAUUUUCCCCAGGUACUCCGCCCCGUAUAGCGCAGUUGCACAACAACGGGGUAUAGCAUUCCAACUUCAUUCCUGAGUGAAAGAACAACGAACUCACACCAAGGACCAUUCUCAGAAAAAUCAACUGGUGUUCUUACAAUACAAGAGCUGAUCAAGAUACUCUCUUCUCUGUACAUGAAAAUAAUGGCAGUUGUACCCAGGAUGUUCGAGGAUCGACAACAACAACUUUACCGUGCGUCGACGGCGGUGUUGGCCGUCUUGUUUCUCUGUAUCACGGCGGGGAGUACAGCCAGUGUUACCCCAGUUGUCGAUGCUGGUCUUUUGGUCGGAAAUGAUGCGCAGUGCUCUGGAGGUUUCGACUUGUAUUUCGUUCUUGAUAGAUCGGGGAGCGUAACCAAUGAGUACUUUCAGGAGCAAACCGUUGACUUCGUGGAGACGCUGUUGGCAAGUUUUACGAGUUCAAUGAUGCGGGCAUCGUUCAUCACGUUCUCCAGUCAGGACUCAGCAGGCGUGGUUAUGAAGCUUACUAGUAGAAGACGGCUGAUGGAGACUGGCAUCAGUAAUUUACGUCAGCUAGGGACAUCAGGAGGAACCUAUCUACAAACAGGAUUAGCACUAGCCAAUCAGCAGAUCAGAGAUACAGAUGAUGGGACGGCUAGUGUCAUUAUAACACUGACUGAUGGAAACUUGGAUGAUCGACUCAAAGCUGCUGAAGAGGCCGAAAUGUCCCGGUCUCUUGGUGCCAAGGUCCUGGCUGUGAGAAUUGGUGAGAGCAGCAUCCGGGACCUUCAAAAGGUCGCUGACCCCCCGGCUAAGGAACACAUCUUCAAAGGAGAUACUUUCAAUGAUUUACAGGAUAUCAUCACUCAGAUUGUCAACACAUCGUGCAUUGAAAUUUUAUCUGCAUCACCAACAUCGGUCUGCUCUGGGGAAGCCUUUAACGUCAGCAUUACCGGUAAUGGUUUCACGAAGACAAACGAUAUCAGUAAAGUCACGUGUAAUUUCCGUCUGAAUGACACUGACAAUCAAGAGGUACAGCCGACCAUCGUUGCCUCAAAAUACCUCCUGUGUCCUGCACCGAAGAUCCAGUCCUCGGGAAGCUUUGUGGUUCUACAGGUGUCAGUCAACGGUAUAUCAUUUAUUUCCAGCAAUGUGACCAUUACGGCGACAAACUGCACAAAGCCGGAUGUAACUGGUGUGGUGUUAGCGUUCUUAUUGGCGUUCCUGGUACUCGGCCUGUUGCUUCUGUGGUGGUUUUGGCAACUCCUUUGCUGUGUGGUUGUGACGUCGCCACCACCGCCCAUUGAUGAGCCGCAGUCGCCAUCAGCGAAGAAAUGGCCCGCGGUGAACGCCUCGGUGUACGGCGGGGGAGGGGUUGGUGGAAUGAAACCAGUCACGGUCCGGUGGGGUGACAAGGGCUGCACAGAAGCCGGCUCACAUCUUGAAAAGGCCAAGAAUGCAAAGGUCGUCCGAGAGGUCGACGAAGGUUCUGACGUCAGACACGGACGUCCCGGAUGUGUGGAUAGCUUAAAGAAAGCUAUCGGUGCUUGCUUUGCUCCGAUUAAAUCUCUGUACAGCCGGAUAUCUGUGAUGAGGCCUGCGCCUGGACAAAAGGGUUGCUGCUGCCAGAUGAACAAAGGUGCUGUUCGUAUCUAACUAAAAACGCAUCUAGUGUUCGGAUAUUCUACAGGGUAACUUGAUUUUGUUGUAUUAGUUCAUUUGAUUGUAUACCAACCGUUUGGUUGGUAAGUUGUUUGCAACAGCUAUAAUUCCAUUUUCGCAUUUGAUUUUAACAUCAAUGUUGAUGCACUAAAAUUGGAAAGUCAGCAUAUACAGCGAAAUCAAAAAGCAGUGAUGUCAGGUAGGCCUAAUAACAGGUUGUUUGAAGUUGUUUUGGAUGAUAACUUUUCUUGUCAUUGUUUCACUUUUGACGAACAAAAAAGCACCUCAACAGCUUUACAGUUCAUUACAACUGCACUUAUUGUUUGUUUAGUUUACUGUAUCAUUUCUGCUUACAUGCAUUUAAAACAUUGCCGCGUAUUCUGGAUACUAUACUCAUUAUGCAAAAAACUUUGAAAUUGAAUCAAAAGAAUUUGCUUGUAACACGUUUUUGAUUUUGCACACAUCACUUGAAUAAAACUUACAGUCAGCUCCAAUUAUCUGUUCAUUUUUAAUAAUUAUCAUCUACUCGUUCUUUAAUAGACCCUUCCCAUGAAAUAUGUAAAUUGCACAUAGCGCGUGCGCACUAAAGUUUUGGUUGGCAAAAUGAGGGAACAUCGAGCUGUUUUGAACACGGCUAACGGGUGUAUGACGCAAACGCGAUUGCGCGUCUGCUUAGUGCACAACUCAAUGGUGUUUGCCAACCAACAGGGUCUGUACGUAUGCAUAUUUCAUGGGAAGGGUCCAUUCCAUCCUCUUGAAUUCUACACCAGUAGGCCUUAAACCGGUUUAUGUUUUUUUGUGCUGUGUUGUAUGUCGUUUGUAGGCCUAUAGCCUUC